GCCUUAAGUUAAGUUUGUUUACGUUCAAAAAUUCUGCUCUCUGGCUCGCCUCACGCAAACUCCACCCCGCCUUGCCUGUCCGGGAGCAGCACCACUCCUCGAGAGGCAGAACUAUAUUCAAGUUCGGGAAGGUGAAAAGACUCGGCGGAGGUCAGAGGCAGCCUGAGAAAGUGACGGUUUCAGUUUAGACCAAAAAGAGAACAUUUAAAAUGAACUACUUUGCUGACUUCUGGGAUUAAGAGGCAAUCUGAAGAAGAAACGCUUUCAUAAAGAUGUCUGUUUCUGGAAUAUUGCAAAGUAGAGAAGAAUUACAGUCAGAAUUUGGAAGAUAAAAACUAUGAGUGAUAUGCUAUUGAAAAUUAGUUGGUUCAAUGAAACAUCUGACACCCCUCAUUCUUCUUGCCUGUGGCUCCUUUAAUCCCAUAACAAAUAUGCACAUGCGCUUAUUUGAACUAGCAAGAGAUCACCUUCAUCAAACAGGAAAAUACAAUGUGAUAGAAGGUAUAAUUUCACCAGUUAGUGACAACUAUGGGAAGGAAGGAUUGGUUGCAGCAAAGCAUCGGAUUGCAAUGGUUCGGCUUGCAGUUGAGACAUCCGACUGGAUCAGAGUGGAUCCUUGGGAAAGUGAGCAAAAUCAGUGGACUGAGACUCUCAUGGUACUAAGGCGUCAUUUCAAAGAGCUACUUAAAUUACACAAUAGCAGAAAACUGUGUAGAGAAAAUACUUGGUCCAAAGAAGAAGCAACUGACUCAUCAGUCGGAUCAUCAGUGACAGUUGUUCCAGAGCUAAAACUUCUCUGCGGAGCUGAUGUUCUGAAGACAUUUCACACACCUAAUCUCUGGAAAAAAGAACAUAUUAUAGAAAUAGUGGAAAGGUUUGGACUGGUUUGUGUUAGUCGUGCUGGCCAUGAUCCUUCUCAGUAUAUAACUAACUUAGAGUUUUUAAAUAACUGCCAGCAUAAUAUCCACUUAGUAAAAGAGUGGGUUCUAAAUGAAAUCAGUGCUACGAGCAUAAGGUGUGCCUUGCGCAAAGGACAAAGUGUGAAAUACUUGAUUCCAGACUCUGUUAUUUCUUACAUUAAGCAACACAAUAUAUAUAUCAAAAAGAUUGAAUGAAAUAAAUUAAAGAAAAUGGUGUAGUCCUUUAAAGUAUUCAUGCUGUCUACUUCACUUAAAAAAAGGUAUUGAUAAGAUUGACUGAGUCCAAAGACGGGCAACAAAAAAGGUGCAAAGUCUGAGGGCCAAACAUAUCAGAAGAGAUUGGAUGAACUGAAUAUGUACAGUUUGGAUGACAGAAGGGAAAGUGGGGGAGACAUGAUUGAAACCUUUAAAUAUAUUAAGAGUGUGAAUAAGGUUCUAGAAGGAAAAUGUUUCAAUACAAGUAGUCUUCAACUUAUGAUUUAAAUUGAGCCCAAAAUUUCUGUUGCUAAGCGAGACAGUUGUUAAAUGAGUUUUAUGACCUUUCUUGCCACAGUUGUUAAGUGAAUCACUGCAGUUGUUAAGUUAGUAACCUGGUUGUCAAAUGAAUUUGAGUUUCCCAUACAUUUUAUUUGUCAGAAGUUCAUAAAAGUCGAUCAUAUAACCCCAGGACACUGCAACUGUCAUAAAUAUGAGCCAGUUGUCAAGCAUCUGAAUUUUGAUCACAUGACCAUGGGGCUGCUGCAAUUAUUAUUAAUUCAAGUUCUUUUAGUGCCAUUGUAACUUCAAAUGGUCACUAAACAAACUGUUUUAAGUUGAAGACUACCUCUAUUAAGCGAAAAUCAAGAACCUGGGACAUAAUCUCAAACUGACAGGAGUUCAAAAGUAUUGUUAGAAAGUAUUACGUCAUACAAAGAGUAGUGGAAGAUUGGAACCAACUUCCAGCAGAGAUAGUGGGUCAAUCACUAUCUUGGGAUGCUUGGGAUAAAUACAUGUUUAUCAACUGACAAAAAAAA